AUAUCUCUGACGCCACGGUAUUGUUAGGCAGACUGGGGCCUGGCCCUGGGCGUACGGUACUCGAAUAGAGCUCGAGAUUUCUACUCUAAAUUUGAAGAGUUGAAGCUGAAGACGGUGAAGUCUUGCUUGAAGGGGGAAAAACACAACCAGAUAUUGUUUCUGUAUGCUGUGCUUGUGACAACAGAGACAUGAAGAUUGCAUGAGAAAUGGUGAUAUUUUUAAGCCAUUAAAGAGAAUAUCAAGUCAAUUGCAGCUAUGAAGCUGUACACAAGUGCAUCAGUAACACUGCUCUUCAGCUCCGCAGAUGCCUUCUUUGGCUUUGUGUUCUAUCUCCAUUGGAACGACUUUGCGUUGUUUGGAAAGGAUGUAUUCAAUUAUGACUUCACACACGCAACAUUUGAAUUAUGGCUGUUCUCAAUGUUGAGAGUGGUGAUACUAGUAGGAGCCACUUUAGGGAUCAUCCAGAAUCCAAAAGAUGGUGCGAAAGGCAUCAAGAGAGCAAGGUAUCCUGUUGGUUUGAUGAACAUCGUCAUGAUCCUGUAUGUCAUGGCAAAAAUUAUGCUAUACACAGAAUAUAUAGAUGGUAACCAUGAUGAUGACCCAUGGUUUUUAACCCUGGGUAUAUGGACUAUGGUUGCCUCUCUUAGCAUGUAUGGCCUGUGGGUAUAUAUUCUACAAGAGGCAAGACCCUCGAAGGAAAGUACAUUGCACCUGGAUGAUGAUGCUCGUGGGUUAAUUAAUCAAGAUGAAAUAAAUGAGAGGAGUUGCAGUAGUGGAAGUGACACUAGUAGUGACAAUGAAAGUGAUGACAGCUCUGGAGAUGAUGAAGUGGAUGGCGAUGAUGAUGAUGAUAUCAUCAAAAAAGCAAAGAAAAAAAAGAAAUCAGUCAAGUGGUAUUCUUCAUUCUUGAGACUCAUGGCAUAUUCAAAAGCUGAUUGGCCCUUCUUGUUGGUUGGCUUCAUUGCCCUUUCGUGUGCUGCAGGAGGUGAAGUAUUCAUACCAUUGUUAACGGGUCAAGUUCUGGAUGGUGUGAUUAUAGAGUCUGAAAAAGCCAAGUUUAGAAAUGGUAUCAUAUCGAUGACUUUUAUAUCACUAGGAAUUGGUGUAGCUAAUGGAGUACGAGGUGGGUCCUUAAGCAUGGCAAUGGCAAGGCUCAACCAACGUAUCACCAAUCAUCUUUUUGAGUCCAUUCUAAAACAAGAACUAGGCUUCUUCGACAAGACCAGGACUGGUGCUAUAACAUCUCGUCUCACAUCUGACACAUCAACAUUGAGUAGCACUCUUAGCCAUAACCUGAAUAUCUGUCUACGUAGUAUCUUACAAAUGACUGGUUAUGUCGUCUUAAUGAUGAUCAUCUCAUGGAGGCUUACAUUCAUCACACUCAUUUCUUUCCCUCUUAUUGCUGUCAUCACUGAUGUCUUUGGAAGUUAUUAUGAGAAAUUGUCCAGGAAAGUUCAAACUUCUCUGGCCAAUGCCAACAUUGUGGCUGAAGAGACCAUAUCUAGCAUGAAGACUGUGCGUAGCUUUGCAAAUGAAGAAGGAGAGAGGAAGAGCUACUGGAAUAAGCUCCACAUCACCUAUCUUUUACGCAAGAAGGAGGCAGUAGCUUAUGGCCUCUUCACAGUCAUCAGCUCAGUAUGUGACCUGAUGGUGUUUGUGGUUACACUCUUUUAUGGAGGCCAUCUAGUUGUGCAGAACAUGCUCAGUGGUGGGAUGCUGCUUUCUUUUAUUAUUUAUCAAUUGGAACUUUCAGGAUGCAUUGAGGACUUGGCUGAUGUUUAUACUGAGCUCAUGAAGGCUGCAGGUGCUUCAAGAAAAGUCUUUCAAUUAAUUGACAGAAAGCCAACCUUUAUGAAUGAAGGAAGGCGAGCACCUAGGCAGUUUGAAGGUCAGUUGGAGUUUAAGAAUGUGAGCUUUGCCUAUCCAACCAGACCAUCUAUUCCUGUCCUCAAGGAUGUAAGUUUCACAGCAUCACCAGGUGAAGUACUUGCCCUCGUUGGUCCCAGCGGUGGAGGCAAAAGCUCCUGCAUCAGUCUCAUAGAACACUUCUAUGAGCCAUCAUCAGGUGAAGUGCUGAUAGAUGGAAGAAACGUCAAGGAAUAUGAUCAUGCAUUCCUCCAUCAGAAGAUUGCACUGGUUGGUCAGGAGCCAGUCCUUUAUGCCAGAUCCAUCCAGGAUAACAUCUCAUAUAGUCUUCAGGAUUGCUCUACUGAAAGUAUAGAGAGUGCUGCCAAGCAAGCUAACGCACACAAUUUCAUCAUGCAUCUCAGAAAGGGGUAUAAGACAGAGACAGGAGAGAAGGGACUUCAGUUAUCAGGUGGUCAGAAGCAGAGAGUGGCUAUAGCUAGAGCAUUGGUAAGGAACCCUCAGAUGUUGCUUCUAGAUGAAGCUACCAGUGCUCUUGAUGCAGAAAGUGAGCAUUUGGUUCAACAAGCUCUUACAAAGAACUUUGGCACACGCACUGUGGUCAUUGUAGCCCAUCGCCUAAGCACUGUUGAGAAAGCAGAUCGUAUCGUGGUCAUUGAUCAGGGGACAGUUGUUGAACAGGGUAGGCACCAGGAACUCAUCAAAUUUAAUGGCCUCUAUGCCAGACUGGUACAACGCCAGCUCUUAGGACAUGAUUCCGAUGAUGGCCAGGAUGACAAAGAGAGGUUAGUUGCAAGAAAAAACCUUUCAACACGGAGGAAGGACUCUAGUGCAUCAUCAAAUUCAAGUAAUGGUGUUGAAAAUGAUAUAUCAGAUUAACCUACAAGUUACCCGAGCUCCUAUGAAAGGCCAUCUAAAGUUUUGGUAAAGGGCUACUUAUGUGCAUUAUAUCAACUAACGUUCCAAUCUUAUAAAGCAGUGGCUGUAUUUUUUUUUUUUUUUUUGGUGUCUGAAAAUUUGAAUUUUUUAAUAUCUAGCACCCUGUCCGAAAUGUUUUAUUGUUUUUGAAAAACAAAUUUAGUGAUUUAAUAUCAGAAAGCAGCAAAUACGAAAAUUAUUUUCUACAAAUCUUUUACCAAUCUAUGCUUAAAAAGUUAUUUUAAUAUUAAAAACUGCAGUUUAUUUUGGUAAGACACCAGAUAGAAAAUCAUGUAAAUUCAUGAAAGGUAUCCUAUUUGACACUUAUUUCAUUUCCUCCAUAUCUCUUAUUUUAGACGCAUUUGUGUAUUCCAGAAAUGAAUUGGAAUAGUGAUAUCCAAGUUCGAAGGAUUUACUGAAUCAUGAAAUUGACUUAAAUGGAAAUUUGUUUAAUCAUUUAUUAGAUACUUUUCAAAAUGUAUUAAAAUAUUAGGUAGUCGCCUGUUUUGCCCUCCUAUCAAGGGACAUUUGAAUAAGAUAUAAUACCCUAUAUAUAAAAUAUUUCUAAAUAAAAAUGUCUUUGACUUUGGAUCAGUUGUUAUCAUUUAAAGCAUAUAUGAAUAAUUCAUUAAUAUUUGUUCAUAGCUAUAAAGUAAAAUAUGUAUGCUCCGAAUGAAUUGUAAAUUGUGUGGUAAAUGCUUCAAAAGCAUUUGAAUUUAUAUUUAUUUGAUUGAUUAAAGGAAAAUGACUAUUUCUGAAAAGUGAUACCCGUCCCACGAUUGUGUAAAUAUAAGUUACUUAAGUACCUAGAAUUUUUAAUUGGUUUCAGUUUUCUUGAACACAAAAUUUCCUGUUAUGUAAUCAUACUUGCUAGGAAAUUAAUAGAGACUGCCAUUAAACAGGGUAUUUCAAACAGAGUAUUAUUUAAUACCCUAUACUUGUAGGUGAUUCAAUUGGGAACAAUAAAUGUCUUAUUUAAAUUUAUAUAUUUGUAUAUUAAUAUGCAUUUUAAGUAAUCCCAGUAGUUUAGGUUAUCAAGAGGUUUAGAGGCUGAGAGCAUAAUUUUUUUAAUUUUUGUUUUAUCAAGUCAUUAAUAUCAUUUCAUCAAGUAUCAAAUAUGUCCAUAAGGAAGUAAUUCCUUAAAAAGCUGUGUGCACUAUGAACGCCUAGCUUAGCUGGGUAAUAUAUGAGCACCUAACAAGGUGGAUACGUGCGCAAUAUAAAUAGCCUAUAUUAUUAUUAGUAUUAUAUGCUUAGCUUCACAAGAAAUAAUCCUAAUUUAUGUUAGUACACUCUCAAGUAUGUUUUUUUUUGUGUGUUUUAUUACAUGUAUCCCACCAUUCAUUCCUAAAUAAGUAAAACAUUUGUUAGGUAGUGAACUGAUGUUGCUCAUUUCUCUAAAUUGGGGGGGAAUGAUUUCCAGGUUAUUAUGGAGCAAUCUACUUCAGGGUGUGAGAGAUGACUAAAAUAUAUGCCAAUCAAUGAUGCCAGAAUUUAAAGAAUUGCAUUCUUGGAUUUUUUUCAUUGUUUUUUUACAAAAAUAUUAAGAUUUUGUUUGUUUUUAGCUCAUCCGG